AAUUACCUCUAUCAGUCUAUAAAUUUCCAGCUGCAGAAGGAAAAACAAAAACCAUGGAUUCCCCAAAACUUCCUGUUGUGGAUUUAUCAAGUGAAGAGUUGAGGCCUGGUACAGAAACUUGGAUCUCAACAUCCAAACAAGUAUGCCAUGCUCUUGAAGAGUAUGGCUGCUUCGUUCUCAAAUGCAACCAAGUUUCUUUAGAUCUUUACAACGCAAUCUACACAGCAGUACUCCAGGAUUUGUUUGACCUCCCUACAGAAAUCAAACAGCUCAUCACACUUACUUCCGAGCAACCUUUUCUUCAUCGGUUCUCCGCUAGUUCCAAUCAUGAAGGUCUUUCUUUGGAUGAUUCAACAAGUUUAGAAGCCACUCGCAAGUUCACAAAUCUCAUGUGGCCUGCUGGAAAUGAUCAUUUCUGCCGAAGUGUUAAUGAGAUUUCAAAGAUAAUGAUGAAUUUAGAUCAGACAGUAAUGAAAAUGGUGUUCCAAAACUAUGGUGUGGACAAAUAUUAUGAUUCUCAUGUUGGAUCAACACAAUAUGUCACCGGAUGCUCCAAGUAUAAGAAACCUGAGAAGCAUGAAGACUAUUUGGGUUUUAUGAUUCAUACAGAUGGAUCCUUUUCAACUAUACUUCAUCAGAACGAAGUUAAUGGAUUGGAGAUUCAAACAAAGGAUGGCCAAUGGGUUCUCUAUGAACCCUCCUCCCAUUCAUCGUUCAUCUACCUUGCACCUGAUGCAUUUAAGGCAUGGAGCAAUGGAAGAAUUCAUCCCUGUUGCCAUCGAGUUAUGAUGAGUGGAAACAAGGCAAGAUUCUCAGUGGGAUUAUUCACGUUUCACAAAGGAGUGAUACAUGUACCGGAUGAACUAAUUGAUGAGGAACACCCUUUGGGAUACAAGCCAUUUAAUCACCUAGAAUAUCGUUCUGCUAAGAAAAUUGACUAUUCUAUUGAAGCUCACUGUGGCGUUUCAUUAUAGUAAAUGUCUCAUGAUUUGUUU